UCCGCGAGUGUGCUUUCUCAAUGGAGAGGGGAGAAGAGAUUCUGAAACAAAUAUGUUUCUCUUCGAAGAAAGCGUAUUCUGGUUCAACUCGCCAGCCUGUCUUCUUCCCACACCAUCGCUCGUCGUGUGCCGUGCUGCCGCUGCGGCGGUCGCCACCCGCCGGGCGCCACGCCCGGGGGUCUUCUCCACCACAGCCUUGUUACCUUCUUGGGCACAGGGACCUCCAAGAAGGGGAAAUCUCUGCGCUCCAAGGCAUGAUCCGCAAAGGCUCCGCGCGACUGAGCCCGCGCGCUCUGAAGCAAAUCCACGGGAACCUGGUCGUCAAUGGCAUCGCCUCGCGCGGCCUCCAGCCCUUGCGGGAACUGCUGCUCUCUUGCAUCGCCUCGUUCCACGGCAGCAUGGACUACGCACGCAGGCUGUUCGACGAAAUCCCGCACCCGGACCUCUUCAUGCACAACGCCAUGCUGCGCGGGUACGCGCACGCCGCCGCGCCUGACGCGGCAUUCGCGGUGUACGGACGCAUGGAGGCGGCGCGGCUGAGGCCCGAUGGCUUCACGUUCUGCUACAUCCUCCGGGCCUGCACCGGCUUGCAGUGUUCUCGCGCCGGGCGCCAGGUCCACGGGGUUGUCGUGAAACUGGGCUUCUUGGAGGAUGCCUUCGUGAGGAAUGCACUCAUCAACAUGCAUGCCAAGUGUGGGGAUUUGGGGAUCGCCGGUGCGCUUCUUGAUGAGGCUGGCGAGCGAGACAUCGUGGCGUGGUCGGCUGUCAUAGCUGGGCAUGCGGCCAGAGGCAACUUGGGCGUGGCGAGGCAAAUGUUUGAUGUUUGCCGGCACAAGGACAUGGUGUGCUGGAACGUGAUGCUGGGUGCGUAUGCGAAGCAUGGGGAGAUGGAGAAAGUGAGGGAGCUGUUCGACCGUGCGCCGGAGAAGGAUGUGGUUUCGUGGAACACCAUCAUCACUGGGUACGCCUCGCAGGGAAUGCUGGAGCAAGCGUUGGACGUAUUUGAUGAGAUGAGGGGUGCAGGGUGGAUGCCUGAUGAGGCAACUAUUGUUAGUUUGCUGUCGUGCUGCGCGAACGCAGGGUCGCUUGAUGUGGGGAAGAUGAUACAUGCUUUGCACUUGGAAGACAGGCCAUCGAUAAGUAUUUUAACCGGAAAUGCAUUGGUAUCAAUGUACGCAAAGUGUGGGGAUGUUAACACUGCAAUGGAAGUCUUUAAUGGGAUGAAGGAGAGGGAUGUCUGGACAUGGAACUCGAUCAUUGGAGGACUAGCCUUGCAUGGACAAGCGGAGCAAUCUGUCGAAUUCUUCAAUAAAAUGCUUGAAGAGAGAAUUCACCCAAAUGAGAUUUCUUUCCUAUGUGUGCUCGGUGCAUGCAGCCAUGCUGGACUGGUUGAAGAUGGUCAGAGAUAUUUCUCUCUGAUGAAAGGCAGGUAUAGGAUUGAGCCUAAUGCAAGGCACUACAGUUGCAUAGUGGACAUGCUUGGCCGUGCGGGUCUACUGGAUGAAGCAUUUGCAGUUGUGAGCAGCAUGAGGUGCGAACCAAGUGCGGUGGUAUGGAGGACACUGCUUGGUGCCUGCAGAACCCAUGGGAAUGUGGCUCUGGGCAAGCUUGCUCAGGAGAGGCUUCUUAACAUGAGUGGAGAUGCAAGUGGUGACUAUGUGAUGCUCUCUGGCAUUUAUGCAUCAUACAGUGAAUGGUUGGGGGUGGAGACAGUGCGAAUAUCAAUGGAUAAACGAGGGCUAAAAAAGGUUGCUGGUUGUGCUCAGGUUGACCGUAAAACUGCCGGUCUUUCAGCGCCGUGAUUAUGGGUAUUCUACUAUUGAAUUGAAAAAUGAAAGGUGGCAAACACCUAUGAAUGAAUUUUCAUUUCUGCUUGUAUACCAGAGACUUGAAAUAGUUGGUAGAUCCCUGAUCAGUCAAAUCAAAACUGUCAUGGUUUCACUGCCACUAGCAGGAAUCAAUUGAUAACAGUGCAUUUAUACUCAUUUUCUCUAGCUUCUAUAUAUGAAGUACACACCAUCAAAAGAAAAGAAGUAUAGAUUUAAGGCGACACUUGAGAUAGGAGAGGAUCAUAGCAAGAGGC